AUGUGGCACUCAAACUAUCCCAUCAUUAUGAAUACUGAUUCUGUUGUUCUCACAUUCGUUUACUCAACGAAAAGCAAGCGUACAGUCUGCUUUGACGGAUACAUCUACACGUUAAACAAGGAUCGUGGCGCAGUCAAAUAUUGGCGAUGUGAAGAUCGUUCCUGCUCCGCGUUUCUUCACACUGAUGGGAAUAACAAAUACAAAGCACAUACGGGCACACAUGUGGGUCAUCUACCUUCGCCCGAAGAAGUGGAACUUAUGGCGUUAAGUCGAACGGUCAAGGAACGCGUGGUCAAACAAACAAUGCCAAUCGCUCGCAUCUACGAACAGGAGCUCGACGCAGCACAGCUUAGUCGAACUGAACCAUACGCUCAAACUCUCGGUGGAAAAAAAUUUCUUCUGCACGAUAUACUCAUUGGUGGCCAAAGAACACUAACGUUCGCCAAUGAUUUACAACUGACAAUCUUGUUCAAAUCCAACCAUAUCUUUAUCGAAAGCACGUUUCAAGUGUGUCCUCCACUCUUCGUUCAAGUCUCCACAAUUCAUGGUGUACAUCAGAAACAUGUUGUACCGUGCGUAAUCGCCCUUUUACCUGGUCGAUCAGCAACUAUCUACAAGCGUCUGUUUCAACUACUCGACCAGGAAGCUGCAGAUCUUCACAUGACAUUCGAACCGAAACUCAUCACAAGUGACUUUGAAUCUGGAUUGAUCAAAGCUGUAAAACAUCAUUUUCCGAUGUCGCGACAUGUCGGGUGUUUUUUUCAUUUUACCCAAAGCGUGCAUCGGAAGAUACAGCAACUUGGAUUGUCUGUUGAAUAUAAAAAUAAUGAAGAAACACGAUCCCUCUGUCAACAACUCAUGGCACUCGGUCUUCUCCCUCGUGACAAAGUUUUGCCUGCAUUCGAACAUCUCACCGAAGCCCAACCUGAAUCACUUGAAGACUUGUUCGACUAUUUUGAAGAUUUCUGGAUGGAAACAACACUCAUUGAGUUAUGGAACGUCUCCGAUCUGAAAAUUAGAACGAAUAAUAAUGCUGAAGAUAAAUAA